AUUAUACGAUGCCUACAUGGAUAAAAUAGAGAAUUCGCACAGCCACUUUGGAACCCAUUUUUCAUAUAUUGUAGGAUUUGGGAGAGAGCUUACAUACAGGUCAUUUCUCUUCUGGUUCCGGAUAAGUCCAAUGGCUGCAAGCCCCUUCUCCCUGAUUAGGAACUCUGCUGCUGCAAUGGCUGCAAGAGCUUUUGUGACGGCAAGAUCAUCCAAACACAAUUUCACCAAAUUAACUUUCCGUUUUGAACCGAACAGAUCCCUGUGUCGUGUUAGGGCUGCAAACAAUGAAGAGGCUGUCGCCAAGGCAGCUGCAGUAGAUGCUGACAGUGAAGCUCUUACCAUAUUUGACAAGAUCAUAAGUAAGGAAAUUCCAUCAAGCAUCAUAUAUGAGGAUGAAAAGGUUCUGGCGUUUCGUGAUAUAAACCCACAGGCUCCUGUUCAUGUUUUAGUCAUUCCAAAGUUAAGGGAUGGACUAACACACCUUGGGAAGGUUACUUUUCAACCAAAUAUUGGUUCUGCAUCUUUGCUAAUCUUGUGUCCUGAAAUUUGUUUCUCCUUGCUAAAAGCCUGUUUACUGUCUGUUAUGAAUUUCUUAGGUAUCCUUUAUAUAUAUAUAUAUAUAUAUAACAGGGCACUUAACAUAUUGUUCACUCACGGUAGGACAAAUAUAGUCCACAUACUGUGCAGUUAGUUUACUGCUAUAUUGUAGGUUAUAUUGCCUACAAAAACUGCAUCAAGUAGACUUUGAUAGUAAAGAAGGGAUUUCUAUAAAAAAUUGAUGCUAUAUAGCCAUGACGGUAUCGGUGAUUGAUUAGUUCUGAAGUUCUAGAUAUGUGCAAGCUCAUAUUAGCCAUCUAUCUUUGAAGGCUACUUUUGGUUACAUGCAAUUAAAUGAAGAACUUGUGGUUUCAAAAAGAAUAUUUUUCAUCUAUGCAAAGCUGAUAAUGAAUUAUUGUUCUUUAAAUAUGGAGAUCUACUAUUUGGAUCUUUUAAUAAGUUUUGUCAGAUAGUGUCCUUUUAUUAUUUUCACUUUGACUGGAAGGAAAUUUUGAUAUGCCUAUGCUUUAACAGGAAAA